UCACUUCCGCCGCCGCUGCGGGGAGGGCGCCGGGGCCGCGGCCCGGGGGCGGUCGGCGAGCUCUCGGAGCCGGAGGGACCAUUUUUCACCGGGGGGGGGCCGGGCGCGUCAGUCCCUCCACGUUGGGCUCAGCUCCGUCCGGCCCGAGGAGAAGCCUCCUCUCCUCUCCUCCCGUCCCGCCCGCAGCUGCCGCCCUGCGCCCGCGGCCCCUGGCCAAGCGGCGGCCGGCGAGGCCCGGCACUGACAGCGCCCUGCACGCGGGCGGGCGGCGCUAGGACCGCGCGGCGCGGGGCCCCUGGGGCGCAUGCGCGGCUGGGCCGGCGGCGCCUGCGCGCUGGGGAGGGGAGCGGCUCGCCCGCAGAUCACUGACUGUAUCCCAGGACUGAUGAUAGGUAAAGCAAGAGGCUGCCCAAACUGCUACCUGCCAUGAUUUUUAUCUCCCUGCCUUUGAGCUGCCAAGGUUCCGGCUCUGCUGAGGCAUCACAGAAUCAUGGAAUGGUGGGGGAUGGAAGAGACCUCUAGAGAUCAUCCAGCCUAACCCUCUGCUAAAGCAGGUUCCCCUUGAUCAGGUGGAACAGGAAUGUGUCCAGGUUAUACAGCAUGGCCCAAACAGAGAAGAAAGGUGGGCUGCUCCGGAAAUCUUCAGCCUCCAAGAAACCAUUGAAGGAGAAAGUUGUGUUGAUGUAUGAUGAGAUUUUCACGACAGAGGACCCCAGUAAAUGCAACCCUAGGUUUUGGGAGGAACUGUUUCUCAUGAAGGUCAACUUGGAAUAUCUAGAAGGCAAGCUGGAGGCUCUGGAUGGGGAAGAGUUAAUGAAGAUAAAAGAUAACAUCAACUGCUUGUUUCAGCACUGCAUCCAGGCGCUGGGUGAGGAGCACCCAAUCAGAGUGGUCAAUGCAUUACAGACUUUGUGUGCAUUGAUUCGGGGUGUCCAUCAGAAGAACAAAUCCACUUCUGGGUUUGACAUCAUCAACAUGCUUGUGGGUUUCGAUAAGGCGGAGCUGUGUAUGAAGAAUCUGAUGGAGAGCUUGGACUCUCUCCUCUGUGCAGAAGGUUCCGAAAGCCUCAAGAGCUUGUGUCUGAAGCUACUUCUCUGCUUAGUGACGGUGACAGAUAACAUUAGCCAGAACACCAUCCUGGAGUAUGUGAUGAUUAACAGCAUCUUUGAAGCUAUUUUACAGAUCCUGUCCAGCCCUCUUAGUCGCAGGGAACAUGGUUAUGAUGCUGUUGUACUUCUUGCCUUGCUGGUCAACUACAGGAAAUAUGAGUCUGUGAAUCCCUACAUUGUGAAGCUCUCCAUCGUAGAUGAUGAGGCCACGCUCAAUGGAAUGGGACUUGUAAUUGCCCAGGCUUUAUCAGAAUAUAACAGACAAUACAAAGAUAAGGAAGAGGAGCACCAGAGUGGUUUCUUCUCAGCCCUAACUAAUAUGGUGGGCAGCAUGUUCAUAGCAGAUGCUGACGAGAAGAUCUCAGUCCAAACAAAUGAAGCAAUCCUUCUGGCCCUCUAUGAAGCUGUUCACUUAAACCGGAACUUCAUCACCGUUCUGGCACAAAGCCAUCCUGAAAUGGGGCUGAUGACAACACCAACGAGCCCAAUUCCAAUGACACCUGUCACUCCACUUGGAACCACCCCCCCUUCUUCAGAUGUCAUAAGCUCUGCAGAGCUGCCUUUGGAUGCUGAUGUGCAAACUAGCAACCUGCUGAUAACCUUCUUGAAGUACAGCUCGAUUGUGAUGCAGGACACAAAAGAUGAGCACCGGCUUCACAGUGGCAAGCUGUGUCUGAUUAUCCUGACGUGCAUAGCAGAGGAUCAGUAUGCUAAUGCAUUUCUUCAUGAUGACAACAUGAAUUUUCGAGUAAACCUACACAGGAUGCCAAUGAGACAUAGGAAGAAAGCAGCAGACAAGAACCUGCCCUGUCGCCCACUGGUGUGUGCGGUGCUUGAUUUGAUGGUGGAAUUCAUUGUAACACACAUGAUGAAAGAAUUUCCUAUGGAUCUCUAUGUACGGUGCAUUCAGAUUGUGCACAAGCUGCUGUGCUACCAGAAGAAAUGCAGAGUGAGGCUUCAUUACACCUGGAGGGAGCUCUGGUCAGCUUUGAUCAACUUGUUGAAGUUCCUCAUGUCUAAUGAGACUGCGUUGCUAGCCAAGCACAAUAUAUUCACUCUUGCUCUUAUGGUCGUGAACCUGUUCAACAUGUUCAUCACUUACGGAGACACCUUUCUCCCCACGCCCAGCAGCUAUGAUGAGCUGUAUUAUGAAAUCAUUCGGAUGCACCAGAAUUUUGACAACCUCUAUUCCAUGGUUCUAAGGCUGUCUACCAAUGCUGGUCAAUGGAAAGAGCCUGCAAGCAAGGUGACCCACGCAUUAGUCAAUAUUAGAGCCAUCAUCAAUCACUUCAACCCGAAGAUUGAGUCUUAUGCUGCGGUGAAUCACAUAUCACAGCUCUCUGAGGAUCAGGUUUUGGAGGUGGUACGGUCCAACUACGAUACGCUGACCCUGAAACUGCAGGAUGGACUGGACCAAUAUGAACGCUACUCAGAGCAGCAUAAAGAGGCAGCCUUCUUCAAAGAGCUGGUUCGGUCCAUCAGCAUCAAUGUGAGGAAGAACCUUGCCUUCAACACGCUGAGCCAGGAGCUGCUGCUGAAGGAGUUCUCUACCAUCUCUUGAAGCGGAGCUGCGGCAGCUGCGCAGGGCUGACCAGAGACGGGCCUGUCUGGGCAGGGACACUGCACAUCUGCAGCUGCUUGUCCCUUGCCUUCCACCUGCAGAAGGGACUGCAUUUCUUUUAGGGGAGAGUCUUGCUGCUGUGUGUUUGAUCCCAAAGGCGUGUGUUUCGACAGGACUGGGGCUGAGGAGAGGUGAUUGGCAUGUGGAGGAGGAAGCAGUUUUGUAAGGUGCCAUGGGAGUGGGCAGCCAUUCCUGUGACACAGCAACGGGAGGUGCCCUCCACAGCUUCAGGGAAGAUGCACUGGAAACCUUUGUAGCAGAGCUGGGGAGAGCUCACAACCAAAACAAUAAAACCAGUCCAGCUGUGUGAGACAGUUCUGGGUUGAGAUCACUCGCCUGCUCUACAGGGAAAGCUCUGAUCCCAGGUGGGGGCUGUUCUCUUCCAUCAGCCUGGAUCAACCUGUCCUCCCACAAUGUAGGUCAAAUCCAUCUCUUCAGGUUGGGGUAUAAAACAGUUUUCUCAAGGAGCAGGUCCUGCUCACGGCUGGCUCCUGAUGUCAGAAGGUGUCAUUUGAACCAAGCCUUUGAGUUACUGGAGAAGGAGAAACUUUGCCUCUGAGACUGUUGGCUUACAGAGUCCAAUCUGAGCCAGUAUGCAGCAAUAUGGGUCAUCAAACAGAGCACUCCAACUGGGGACCAGCUCUGCUCAGGAUCACUGUUACUUCCGGUAGCUCAGCUCAUCUCUGCUGACUCUAAGGUGGAGGGACAUUUUUAGGUAUUCCACUUCUGUGGGGCAGAGGACGGGCUGUCUCCCUCCCCCACUCCCCUGUUGCCCAUCAGCGACUGCAUUGUGACAAUCCUGCUCUUCCUCACAGGAACAUCCGCCUUGCACAUGUUUGCAAGUGCCUGGUGAUCUUCCUGAGCUAAGGAGUCCCCAUUCCUAUUUUUCCUGUGUGUUGCCAGCAGUUAAAAUGCAGCUGGAGAAGUAGUUACCUCACCUUCUGCCUUGCCCUCCCAUCUUCACCCAGCGACUUGCAGCAACCAUCUGCUGAGAUCUUCCUCAGGCAGCACUCGGGGCUGCUGCUGCUGUUUCUGCUCCAGAGCCAAUGUUCCAGGGGCCCAGGUCUGGCCCUGUUCCAUGUGCUAUGUCCAGCUGCCAGCUCAGGAAUACACAGCAUAAACACCCUGCUCCUGUGUUUUCAGCUCCCAGCAGUGAUCUUAGGAUCUGGCCUGACUCUGGACUGCAGCAGGGAAGUGGUUUAUAGCCCACAUCCACUUUUGUCUUUCUUUUUUCCCUAGAAAACUUUUUUUUUGACAAGAAAGUGCCUAGUUCCACUCUCAUCCUCGUAGGUUAGUGUGUGAUGUGAAUCCAGGCUCAUUUACUACCAGUUUUGGGCAAGGCUCAUUUGUGUUAACUUGUGUUAUUUGCGUUAAUGUUUCACCUUUACCUGCCCUGAGCAUGGGAAGCCCAAGCUCAGUCCCUGGCCCCCCACUGCUCACAGCACCUCAUGAGGACCCUACAUUUUCCCUGGGAGCACCAGCUUCUCCCUCCAGAGCACACUUUGCCUCAGCAUGGAACUGUCUGGCUUUUGUCAGCUGAGCCAGACACUUACUUGCUUUGCUGCAGUGGCAGUCUGUGGAACUGUAUACGUGUCAGAGGGACGGUGCUUGGGGGAGCAAGCAGGCUCCAGAAAAUCCCUCUGCAGAAGGAGGCAGCUUCUCCAGUGGCAAAUGAGUACAAAUGCAUCACGUGGCACUGCCUUCUGCAGUGUGGGGAGCUUGGGCUCGAGGAACUCACCUCUGAAGAGGAGGCUUUUCUAAAGGGGGGUGCAGCCCCCACCUCAAUGCUGUCAGAGCACUGGAUCACUCGGCUGGCCGUGUGCCUCCUGUCUUCUCAUUCCACUUAAGCUGAGAGAAAGGCCAGAGAGCUGGGGAUGAGUCUGCCUCUACAGCCUCUGGGAUUUGGGGCUUUUCUCCCCGGGCUUGACUGUGAAAGGUCUUGCCUCCCUCAGGUUGCUCCCUUACUGGAAUGAACUGAGAAGCCCAGGCUAUGACUGAGAGCAGCACCUGAGAUCAGCACUCGUCAGGGCUGAGCAGGGAAUGGCUGACACACGUCCUCUUGUCAUGCUGUCACUGAACCAAGCACUGUAAAUGGAUGUACAUACAAACCUAGAGCUCAAUAAAUAGCAGAGCCCUG